GGACUCGUCAUUAAUCUGCCAAGCAAAGGACUCUAUCAGACUUGAAAACUGAAGAGAUCCCAAGAAUAUAAUAUACAAAGGGAGGGAGCGGACUCUUUCUCUGCACACCUAACCCUCUGUAGCAGGCGAGAAAGAGCAGCUCGAUCCUCCUCCACGGAUUAUCAAGAGAAACCCGAAGACCCUACAAAAAGAGUUAAAGACAAAAUUCAAGGGAAAAAAACGUAAUUGGGGUUGCCCCCUGGGCUGGGGCUGAGCUAUAGCUCAUCCAAGAAGCCAGUAGGAGCUGGAGGUGGAGGUGAAGGAGACAGUGGCAGUCAAUGUUAUUUGAGCCGGGUCAUCAGACCCCAGAGAUCCCGGAGUGCACAAUGCAGAAGACUGCCUACUAUGAGAACACGGGCCUCUUUGGGGGUUAUGGCUAUAGCAAGGCUACUGACACUUAUGGCUAUGGGUCCACUCAUCAGCCUUACCCACCCCCUGCUGCCCCUGCAGCCCUGGAUGCUGACUACACAGGUUCUGCUUGCUCCAUCCAGAGCUCAGCACCAAUCCGUGCCCCAGCCCACAAAAGUGGGGAGCUCAAUGGUAGUUGCAUGCGUCCCGGAGGUGGGAGUGGCCAGGCUGGUGGGGGUGGCAGUCAACCCCCUGGCUUGAACACAGAUCAGCAGCCACCACCACCACCUCCCCCACCACCCACACUGCCCCCAUCCUCACCUACAAAUCCAGGUGGUGCUACCCCAGCCAAGAAGGCCAAGGGUGGCCCCAAUGCCUCCAGCUCUUCCUCUGCUACUAUCAGCAAACAGAUCUUCCCCUGGAUGAAGGAAUCCCGGCAGAACUCCAAGCAGAAGAGCAAUUGUGCCACUUCAGGCGAGAGCUGUGAGGACAAGAGCCCUCCCGGCCCGGCGUCUAAACGGGUCCGUACAGCUUACACAAGUGCGCAGCUGGUGGAGUUGGAGAAGGAAUUUCAUUUCAACCGCUACCUGUGCCGCCCACGCCGGGUGGAGAUGGCCAACCUGCUCAACCUCACGGAGCGCCAGAUCAAGAUCUGGUUCCAGAACCGACGGAUGAAAUACAAGAAGGACCAGAAGGCCAAGGGCAUCAUGCACUCGCCCGUGGGUCAGUCUCCCGAGCGCAGCCCUCCGCUGAGCGGGGCUAACCACGUGGGCUACUCAGGCCAGCUCCCUCCAGUGCCGGGGCUGGGCUACGAUGCUCCCUCGCCCCCUUCCUUCGCCAAGUCCCAGCAGAACAUGUACGGCCUGGCCGCCUACACGGCGCCACUCAGCAGUUGCCUCCCACAACAGAAGCGAUACCCCGGGCCGGAGUACGAGCACCACCCCAUGCAGAGCAACGGGAGUUUUGCCAACGCUAACCUGCAGGGCAGCCCGGUCUACGUCGGUGGGAACUUUGUCGACUCCAUGCCGGCCUCGGGUCCAGUCUUCAACCUGGGCCACCUCUCCCACCCCUCGUCGGCCAGCGUGGACUACAGCUGCGCCGCCCAGAUCCCGGGCAACCACCAUCACGGACCGUGUGACCCCCACCCCACCUACACAGAUCUCACGUCUCACCAUACGUCUCAGGGAAGGAUUCAAGAAGCCCCCAAACUGACGCAUCUGUAGUGGGCUUCGGCCCUGUCGGAGGGCGCUGCAGCGGCGGACUCAAGUUUGAAUUACCUCACUUUGGUUUGGGUUUGUUGUUUUUCUUUUUAAAACAUUUUUGUUUGUUUGUUUGUUUGUGUGCCUCUUUUCCCCUCUUCCUCUCCCCUCCACUCCCUUGACGUUCCCUGGUCCCUGUAACUCAAAGGGCCCACAGUCCAGCUAUGGAUGGGUCUCCCUUCCCCUAACAGCUCCUCCUUUGGGGUAACUAUCCAUAAAUCAACUAAAAGGAUCCUCUGUGAGCAUGACAGUGCAAUAUACUGCAAACCAAGGGACUAAUAAUCUGGUAAUGAUGUACUGGAAGGUAAGUCUUAGAUCAAUUAGAAUUAGCAGCGCGUCAUGCUGAGGGGAUGUAGACCAAGUGUGAGCAAUGGGAUCUUGCCUGCAUCGAAGCUUAUUUCAGAGACGUUAAUUUAUAUGAUUCCUCAGUAAUGUAAGGACUGCAUAGGACUAAAUGAUAUGUAUUUAUUAUUUUAAGCGAGUCAUUUUGUAUCACGGAUUAUUUAUCCUCGUCUUAAUGUAUUUAUGUGUAUAUUUGUAGAGUUUAUUCAGCGUAUCUUCGGGAGAUCGAUUCAGGUCCGCGGUGGCUACGUUUCACCUAUUUAGUCUACUUGGUCUGAACCUAGUCGAGAGAGUAGUUUUGAACAGUUGUAACAGUGGCUGGUGUUUGUAGUUUAUGUGAGGAUUAAUUAAGAUCGCAAAUUGUAAUUCAUUAAUAGAGUGGCACAGAACCGUGGCAUUUUCGCAAAGGCGGUUUUGCGUUUUCUGAACACACACAGCACACAACACACACGGUUUAUUAAUUUCAACUUGUCUGGUACCCUUUGAACAAAUACUUAGAAUAAAAAAAAUACGUUUCUCAGUUAGAAGUGUAUCUGUUUUGAUAAUGCAGCCUUGCGAGCAGAUCACGCUGCCAUUUUCUUGCUGAUAAACUGGGACACAAAGCCUGAGGCUGGCGAAUGUUUGCGGAUGGGACCCCAGAGCCCCAACUCCUUCUGAGGGCUACUUUCCGACAUUCCAGCUAUUCGAACCUAGAGGAGGAAAACCCUAGAUGGCAGGAAUUAGGAGCCUUUUUAAUAGUGAUGAUUUCAUUAGAGGUUUCCGGAAGGACUCACAAUGCUGCUGCCUCUCUCCUUUGUUGUUUCUACUGUCGUCUUUCCACUAGGCAGGAAUCGAUUUUUUGUAGACUUCAUUUCAAUUUGGGAGGCUCAAGCUUACUUUUGUGCAUUAAGUAAUAAUAUAUUUAAAAAAGGAACUUUGAAUGAAAAUUGACAAUCAAAGAAAAGACACAAGGCACAGGAAAAACAAAACAAAACAAACCACAACCCACCACCCAUAAAUCCUGUGGAAAUGUGCCCAGAAGCUUUUACUUAGAUAAUGCUGUUCACUAUUCACCUCGUUCUCUUUUGUAGUAGCCAGAGGUUCAUUUCUAAGGAAACAAACCUUAACUCACAAUGUAAAAUAAUAAAAGUUUCACUAAUGAAACCG